AUGACAAACAAUGAUAGAAUGUUCAGAAUAAAUUUUCUUAAACCUUCUAAUGUUACCCAUAAAAGACAUCAUCUAAAAGACUCUACCAUUGAAUCGUGUAAUCUUCUCAAAGAAUGGAAUCGUCAAAUUCAAGAUGUUAUACAUCCAACAUUCCCAACCGCAGCUGCAACCACAAUAAACCAAUUCUACUUUAAUAGAAUUAAAUUUAAACAUAAGAUCAUUGGGCUUUAUGGUCAAAAGAAAAUAUGGAGUUUAUUAGAAAUUAAAUUAAAAAGAUAUAAAGCAUUUUUAGAGACUUUUAGCGAUAAAAGAAAAAAAGAACAGCUACACAUGUUUGAUUUAGUAGAAUGUGCAUACUCUUUAGAUAAUAUAGAAGCAUUGGAGUAUUUCCUAUCAAUGAAUGUACCAACAUUUUUACCAAACUACACAAAUAAUAAAAAAAGUUUUUCAAUAUCAUCAAUUAAAUCAUUAGAAUUACUAUUAAAAUAUCUAGUAAAUAUCAUAGAACCAUAUAGUAUCUAUUACAAUAAUACAACAACAACAGCACCAGAAUCUACAACAUUCAUUUUAAAAAAUAGUACAUUUUAUUAA